AUGGCAAGACUCAGUGGCGAUGUCGAAUACGAUGCCGGCGAACGUCUGGGAAUGUACCACGCCCACGUACGACUUGGCAAUUCUGACGAUGAAGAGGGUGGCAAAGAUGGCCUUAAGAAAGCAGUGCCAAGCGUUGUUCUUCCUGCGGGUACUCAAUCUCUGAUUUCUGGUAUCAAGACAACUGCCCCCAAAAUACAGCCAGACACAAGUUUGGCUACCUUUGGAUCUGAUCAAAAUACCACUUCCGCUGCUAAUCCUACUCCCCAUGUGCCGACCGAAUUGCCGUCUAUAUCUCCAUCGGCAGUCGCCCUCAAACCUGAGACUUCGAACUCUAGUGCAACUUCUGUAGUCCCUGGCCGCCCUCUGAAGCCACCCGCAUCGCCGGUCAUUGCACGUAGUCCUCUAGGCAAAGCAGCAGGCGGCUGUUCGGAAUCCGUGACUCCAACUGUCACUGAAGUCACAAUAACUUCAGUCUGCGAUGAGACUUCGGCAAUGCCACAGCAUGAAGAAUCACAUGAUUCUUCUGAUUCAAUUGAAGCCGAUUUGGAUGAAACGAAUGGAAUUUCUUUAGAUUUCCAACUCGAGAUUAUUGCUGCCGCUACUGAUCACUUUAGUCAAUCUGCUCGCAACAAUGAGGCUGUCAUACUUUCCGAUAAGCUACUUGGUGGAGUUGCAGCAAGCCCAGCAUCCGACAGACGGGCUAAAUCUAUUUCAGCCUCUAUUGGCUCUACAGGAUCAACUAUCCGCUCCCGCAGUUCAUCACCCUCUCGUCCAGCCCAGCCUCCAUCUGGGCGGGUCAGCCCUAUGCCUUCUAUUUCAGAUGAGCUACACAAGUUCAGAUCUACUAGCCCUCUAUUACAGGAAACUCCUAAAGCUGAGCCACAGGGUGACUUUUCGUAUCAUAUCGUUGGAAAGAUGAUUUUCUUAUGA